AUGCCGAAGCCAAAGAAGAUACCGAAAACGACGUCCAGUCCCGCAGAUCCGAACGAGCCUUCGUUUCUCACCACACUCCCGCCAGAGGUGCGCAACGCUAUCUAUGAGGCGCUAUUCAAGCGUGACGAUCCGGUUCUGCUGCAUGACGCCGAUGCAUGCUACCCGCGGUAUCCCGACCCCGCCAGCUAUAUGGCAGAUGAUGACCACAUGGAGCAACUCGAGUUCUACGAUGAAGAGAUCGAUGAGAACCUAGAAUCAGACCAUGAGUUCAACCAUGGUCUUGGCGGUGGACUGCCUUUGCUCUUGAGCUGUCGUCAGGUCUACCAUGAAAGCGUCGGGGUCCUGUAUGGAAGCAACACAUUCAUCAUCACUCGCGCACUCCCUUGCCACGAUGAAUACUUGAAUUCCUCUGGAUGCAACGAGUUCAAUCAAAUCAACUAUGCGCCGGUGUGGCUAUCUGGAAUCGGCUCGCAGAUAGAUCUGUUGCGCCAGGUUCUGAUUGAUGUCGGUACCACAUGUUUCUCACUGUGGAGAAUGGAAGCAGUAUGCAAAAUCAAGCCACUUCUGAUUCUAUUUUGGUCUUACCCUGAACUUGAAAGCAAAGUCGAGUUCUCCCCAACGAAGGGACGGGUCGCUCAUCCUGUGGAAGCUACAGCCAGACCGACAAACGAAGCAAGAGACAGAGCAGAGCUCCUCAACGGCAUUAUGAAAAGCCUUGGAACCCAGGAUAUCCUAAAUCUCAAACGCUACAGACACCUGAACCGUCUUCUCGGAUGUAUCUCAGUAUUCGAUGGUUCUAAGAAGCUUCAGGUCGACUUCCCUGCAACACACUCGGCUGUGUAUAAAGCCUCCAAUGACGGAACCUCCUUCAGACCAUGUCCUCGACAGCCACCGGAAAACUUGCUUCUCAUCUUACCGAAGAACGUCCUCUGUCGGAUAUGCGAGUUUCUGAAAUGCUCUUCCUUGGGAAUUGUUGCCGACUUGAACAAUCGAACAGUAGGAGGUCUUGACAUACGUAUCUUGCAGGCGGUCAAAUUUCUCCGUAUCGGUCGGUCACUGCUUGUUUCCAGUCUUCUGGCUCACCCAAUCACGGUGAAGGCUUCUACCACCAUGGCUAAGACAAGUUUUGAUGAUUUCUCUGCACUACGAAGCUUUUCCGAUAUGGUGACGGAUCUGUUUGGAUACCAUGGUGUAUUUGGAGACGUUCUUGAUGAAGCGAUAAAGCUAUACCCUUCGUCCUCGCUCAAUAUGGAGCUUCACUUCGGCUUGUGCAGCAACACAGCUUUGAGUGAGCUCGAGGUUGAUAUUCGAGGUCUUUUGUAUCUUUUAUGCCAGGCGCCUAGCCUCAAGAUCCAAGUCUCACUGACUUGUUCCCAAAAGGGGAAGUCGUACCAUGAGGUGCUCAAUGUCGACGUUGACAGUCUGAACUUGAACCUCUUCCUUGUCCUUUUAGACAUCAGGGAGCAAUGGCCAGCUGGAUUUCGAGCCUGUGAGAAUGUUACGUUCGACCAUAUUUGUAUGGAUGGUCGGGGUUCGUUGAAGAGUGUGACCUGUUCGAAGGCGUCUGGCAAGAGAACAUUCACGUACAAGAACAGCUUUGCCCACCACACAAAGGAACGCCUACAGCACCUCGGGUAUCAGCGUGCCAUGACCUACGUCAAUCUCAGUCCAUCAUACGCAGUCUUUGGUCGGGACCAGUUAGGCGACGAGCUCUCUAGCUUGCACUGGAAGUACUGGGCUCAUUUUUAAAGCAAGCGACUACUGCUACGCUGAACUUUGGCUAAUGAUUCCAAACUGCCACCUGGCUAAGUCACGGAUAUACGGACUGACGAUGACGACGAAGACGAGUAGAUGGUAUCAACCAUCCAAGUUUAUUGAGAGUAGUGAAUCCCUAGUUCAGCUCGGAAGAUUAGGAUCCGGCACUUGACGUUUUCAGUGGUCUCUGGAUCCAGUGAGACUGUCCAACGUUCGGUGAACACAGGGACUAGUUAUGAGUUUCUUGGAACUUGGAGGUGUGGUGGACAACAAGAGAUCCCACC